AAAGACUGAGGCCUCACGGGAAGGUGGGUGACUGUGGAAAUGGCGGGAAGUUGGAACUCUCUAGCUGCCUGUAUUCUGUUUUUUACAUCAGUACUUGCAGUUGAACCACCGAUGUUACAACCUGAUGAGUUUCCAAGCGACAUUGAGCUGGGUUCGAGAGUACAAAUCGUCUGCUAUCUCAAGAAAGGUGAUUUACCAGUUACCUUUAGGUGGAACAAAGAUGGAAAACAACUAUUGACCAACGAACGAAUAACUAUCUCAAGUUCAGAUUCUAUCUCAAGUAAUUUAAGAAUCCAGAGAGUUAUUUCUGAAGACGUUGCCAACUAUUCCUGUACAGGCACUAAUUCAGCAGGAUCUGACAGUUUUACAGCAGCUCUGAUCGUUAGAGGUAAUGUUAUCUAAAGUAACAUACAGUAAUUAAACAAGAUCUGACAGU